AUGAAUAGAAUCACUACCAAUUUUUUAAAAUCAUCAUCUCAAUUAUCUAAAUCCACACCAAAAGCACACUUUUCAACCAUAUCAACCCCAAUCACCCAAUUACCAUCAAGUUUAGUCAGCGAAGAAGAAUAUAAUAAAAAAAAUAAUUUUACACCAAUUGAUAAUUCAUUUGCCGUUGUUCACAUCUCUGGCAAACAAUUUAAAGUAAUUAAAGGCGAUGUUAUUAUGACUGAUAGAUUAAAUAUUAAUGUUGGUGAACACAUCGUUUUAGAUAAAGUUUUAUUAGUUGGCACUAAAGAAUCCACCAUGAUUGGUAAACCAUUAGUCGAAAGCGUUAAAGUACACGCAUACGUCGAAGAACAACCAAAAGCUGAACACGUUAUAAUUUUUAAACAUAAACCAAGAAAAAAUUAUAAAAGAACAACAGGUUAUCAAGCUUUAGCAACUCAUAUUAGAAUUGGUGAUAUUAUUCAAAGCAAUAAUUAA